AUGAUCAACACCAUUCCCAACGGAGGAGACGACAUCCUCCGCACGCCCUCCCCACUCCCGCCCGCACCCAUGCAAGACUACACAUUCCCGGAACACCGCUUGAAGCGCACGAUGGACGACCCGGAGAAGACGCCCUUGCUACUCGUCGCCUGCGGCUCAUUCUCGCCCAUCACCUACCUGCAUCUCCGCAUGUUUGAGAUGGCAGCCGACUACGUCAAAUUCAGCACCGAGUUUGAGAUUGUGGGGGGGUAUCUGUCGCCGGUGUCGGAUGCGUACCGGAAGGCCGGGUUAGCGAAUGCUGAGCAUCGUGUGGCAAUGUGUCAACUGGCCGUCGAUCAAACUUCCGACUGGCUGAUGGUCGAUACCUGGGAACCGAUGCAAAAGGAAUAUCAACCUACCGCGGUGGUUCUGGAUCAUUUCGAUCACGAGAUCAAUACCGUUCGGCAGGGGAUUGAGGCUGGGAAUGGUACGCGCAAGCCGAUUCAGAUUGCUCUGCUGGCUGGCGCCGACUUGGUGCAUACUAUGUCUACUCCGGGCGUGUGGAGUGAGAAGGAUUUGGAUCAUAUUCUGGGCAAAUACGGGACCUUCAUCGUCGAACGCAGCGGAACGGAUAUCGACGAAGCCCUCGCCGCUCUCCAGACUUGGAAGAAAAAUAUCCAUGUCAUCCAGCAACUUAUCCAAAAUGACGUCAGCAGCACCAAGAUCCGCCUCUUCCUUAGGCGCGACAUGAGCGUGCGCUACCUGAUCCCCGUCCCGGUCAUUCAUUAUAUCGAGCAACACAACCUCUACAAGGACGAUGCGACCGCUCCGGCGUCCGACAAGGGGAAGGGCAAACAAGAGCCGGGUUCGUCGGGUUGA